UUGUUUCAAAUUGGCUUAUUUCAUCACAACAAAAAUUAUUACAUUGUAUAAGACUCUAUACAAAGUUCCAGAGAACAAAAAGGUUCCAGAGAAAAAAAUUAAAACAGGAUACAAUUUUUUCAAUAGACAAAAAAUCACAGGGCAUGGAGCACUUCCUGAUCAUCUUUCAGCUACACUCAAUGAAUCAUAGACACAUUUGUCUGACAAAUUUUGACGAAACUGUUAUAAGAAGUAAUUUGCAUGUCCAGAAUCUUCCGACUAGCGGUACUAAUAUUAAACUGGACCACAUUGUAAAGACAUGAUACUAUACUGUGUACAGUGGGAUCAAGAAUCGUGGAGGCUGAACAGGAGAACAUUUAGUAAACUUAAAAAGCCCGUUAAACUAGUGAACGGGUGGACACAUCUUGUUAUUUGUCAAAAGCCGACUAACGGAAUAACAGAAUGGUCAUCGGUGGCCUGGGGCCGAUUACGAAAAUCCAGGUCAUUCCUGGCUUCGUUCAAGUAUUGAAAGUUGGUGGGGUACAGUAGCUAUAGAGUAGCACUUUAUAUAGAUGGUCCUGUUGUUCCUUGACAGGCAGUUCACAUUGAGAUUUCGUACAGUCCCGGAUUUUCCUUCAGAGCCAUUAAUUCCUUGGCACACCUUUCAUUUCUUCAGUUCAUUUAUAGGUAACUCACAAUGAUAAGAGAACUUCCGGUUCCGGUUCUUCUUGUGAUCCUGAUAGCAUCUGCCCAGGCCACGUUUCCAUUUACGUAUCAGACCUUGCAGCUCCCGGUUCCGAUAACGCCGCAUUUUCUUUAUGGAUCUAUCCAGGAGAAUCCGACUCUGCAGGGAUACUCAUACACGACUCAAGAUUUCAAUGGAGGUAGCAGUGGUGUAGUUUUUGUAUCAGGACCAGAGUCUGAAGUUAAAAUGAAGGAGGAAUUAGAUGUAAUGAAGGAAAUAGUGGCUGCUGGAUCACAAAAACCGUCAGAAGAUAAUCAAAGCUCUUCUGAAAUGAUAGAAGGUAGCAGCACAACUCCCAAAUCUGAAGAGUCCAAUGCCACAACAGAGCAGGAUACUAUUACUGUGGAAAAGGUUGAGAACAAAAAAGAAGAUAAGGCAUCUGACGAAAAGAUGAAUGAGAAAAAAACUCCACAAGAUUCUUUCUUUCUGCCAAAUCCUUAUUCUCUGUUUGGAUUUCAAUCACAGAUCCAACCAUAUCCUUUGAAUUUCCAAAGAUUCUAUAGUCCACCUAGAGCUCCAGGAUACCUGCAACCUCAAGGAAUUUUCCAAGAACAAUACCUACCAUAUAAUCAGUACAAUGCCUUCCAGAAAAAUUACUAUCCACCUUCACUCGAUUACUACUAUCCUUCCCCAUCUGGUCUGUUUAGUCUUCAGGAAUUUACAGAACCUGCUGUUAAUUCUAUCGAAGAAGGUAAACCUGCAGAGAUCCAACAACCACUUCUUGGAGUACAGACUUCUCUUCCUGAACAAAAAACUUCAACAACUGAAACUAGUUCUGCUUUAGAAAAAAUUACAGCAAUGGAAGAUAUGAAAGAUGCUCCAAAAGAACCAAAAUCUGAAGCCGCAGCUUCUGCUGAUGUAAUGACAGAGUCAGCUCCUGCAACUCCAAUGGAAACUACCACUGCCCAGAGCGAAACCGAAACAUCAACACUAUCUGUAGAAAGAACAGACUCGGAAACACCUUCUAGCCCAACCGAAAAACCUUAACACUUUAAAAAAUAAUAUGAAUACAAGACAGCUGGAGACGGUUUAGAUUAGCUUUGAAUAUUUUCCUUUUAUUAUUUAAGCUCAUCUAAUAUCCCUUUCCCUGUCUUUGUUUUUAUACUGCAUCCUACUUAUCAGUGUGAUUUUACUAUUGUUGACAUAAGUUAAAUGUUUAAUGAAUAUACAAUAAACCAUGAUUCAAGGAA